AUGGGGGAAGGGCAGACGAACCAAGCCAACAGGGAGGCUGAUGGUACUCCGGGCCAUCCAGACCGAGCACCCGCCCAUCCCGCCCUCCUUGAGAAGGGGGGAGGGCAUCGGGGAGCCCCAGCUGGUCCAAGCCGGAGGCGGGCAGGGGGCGGAGCCGACUCCUCCCCCGCUGAAGUCACGUAGCUCUGCGGCAGCCGCAGCCUCUUUUACCCGGAGCCCCUGGCCGUUCCUCUCCAGACUCCCGGACCCUGCGCAGGACGCUCUAGGCUCGGGCGAGAGGAGAGACGACCGCCACCAUGCCUCACGUAUACCCAGCCCUGUCGGCUGAGCAAAAGAAGGAACUGUCGGAUAUUGCCCUUCGGAUUGUUGCUCCGGGCAAGGGCAUCUUGGCAGCUGAUGAGUCAGUAGGCAGUAUGGCCAAGCGGUUGAGCCAGAUUGGAGUGGAGAAUACAGAGGAGAACCGCAGGCAGUAUCGUCAGGUCCUGUUCAGUGCUGAUGGAAGGAUCAAGAAAUGCAUUGGGGGCGUCAUCUUCUUCCAUGAGACCCUCUACCAGAAGGGUGAUGAUGGGGUGCCCUUUGUCCGCACCAUCCAGGACAAGGGCAUUGUUGUGGGCAUCAAGGUUGAUAAAGGUGUGGUGGCUUUGGCUGGAACUGAUGGAGAAACCACCACACAAGGGCUGGACGGGCUCUCUGAACGCUGCGCUCAGUACAAGAAGGAUGGAGCUGACUUUGCCAAAUGGCGUUGUGUGCUAAAGAUCAGUGAUCAUACGCCCUCUCCCCUGGCAAUCCUGGAGAAUGCCAACGUGCUUGCCCGCUACGCCAGCAUCUGCCAGCAGAAUGGCAUUGUGCCCAUUGUGGAGCCCGAGAUCCUGCCAGAUGGAGACCAUGACCUCAAACGAUGCCAGUAUGUCACUGAGAAGGUCCUGGCUGCUGUCUACAAGGCCCUGAGUGACCACCAUGUGUACCUUGAAGGGACACUGCUCAAGCCCAACAUGGUGACCCCUGGCCACGCCUGCCCCUUCAAGUACACCCCUGAGGAGAUUGCCAUGGCAACGGUUUCUGCCCUACGUCGAACAGUGCCUCCUGCUGUCCCAGGUGUGACAUUCCUGUCUGGAGGUCAAAGUGAGGAGGAGGCUUCGAUCAACCUCAAUGCCAUUAACCGCUGUCCUCUUCCCCGGCCUUGGGCAUUGACUUUCUCCUAUGGGCGUGCCCUGCAAGCCUCUGCUCUCAGUGCCUGGCGUGGGCAGAAGGACAAUGAGAGCGCUGCCACUGAGGAGUUCAUCAAACGGGCAGAGGUGAAUGGUCUUGCUGCCCAGGGCAAGUAUGAAGGAGGUGGAGAAGACUCAGGGGCAGCUGGGCAAUCUCUCUACAUUGCUAAUCAUGCCUACUGAGGCUGUGAACCCUGGUCACACCUAUCCCCAGCCCAUACCACCCAUACUAAGCUUUACCUGUAGCCACUGCCAUGAACCAAAUAGCUAUGCAGAGCAGAGAGAAUAACACCCUUUCCACCCUCUGCUCAAGUACCCCAGCAUUGCUCCCUUGGAUUGUUCUACCUUGGGGAAGGAGGAAAUGGAGAGCCCUUGGGGGUCAGACAGGAGGAUUUGGGUGAGGAGCUGCUAGAUCCGAGCAGGAUAUCUGGGUUCCCACUCCCCCAACACUGUCUUUGUGUGAUAUCCCCCUACUUGCUACACCUGUGAUUCUCUAGCUUCUUCCUGGACUCUCAUCCCCGCCCAGGGUUAUGGGGUUGGGCCCCAAUUCAUGCCACACCUUCCACGUGGCUGUGUUGUGUAGUGCCUCCAAUAAAUGUUAGUGAAGUCAAAGUCGG